GUGGCAAUAAGCCCAAGACCCAACGGCGGGCUGACGGCUCACAAUUCCCAUCCUGCCGCCGGCGGCUACCGCGGGCGGUGCUCGACUCGACCUCGAUGGCGAGCUCGCGGGAGCGGAGGCUUCCGCCGCCGGCGUACCGGAUGGAGAACCCCUUCAGCGUGAAGGUGCUCCAGGUCUUCACCGGCUUCGGCGUCGGCUGCGGCGUCGGCAUCGGCGUCGGCCGCCCCAUCUACCUAGGUGUCAUACCGGGGCUUAAUCAAGUUAUGACCGCAACAAGGGGCGCAACGGAUGCCUUUUCAGGCGUAACAAGGCAUGUUAAUUCCGCUCUAAGGAAGUCAGGGUUAAAGAACAUUGAAGCAGGCAUUGGCUGUGGAGUUGGUAUAGGCCACGGUUUUGGAAUAGGAAUUGCAUUGAAGCCACAAGUAAUUCAUGGAAUUCAGUCAACCGUUGGAGAACUUAUGUCUAAGUUCACUUCUAGGCUGAAGGAUACCCCAACUUUGUCAUCUGCACCAAAUAUGGCUGGUUCUGUGCCUAGCAAUGGACAAGCUCCCAAUGGUGUGUCCAUUGAUCUAAAGGCUAAGACCACGAAAAGUAAUUUCCACCAUACAAGUAAUGAAACAUCACAAGUAAAACCAGCUCCUGGGUUGCAAAGCCAGCAUGGAAUGCAACCAGAUAUGACUGAAAGUCGGACUGAAAAGGUUGUUGCCAACUUUCUACAGUCUCCCCUGUUCCAGGAUGAAACCAAGAUGGACAUCAGAGAUGUGGCUAGAAAUUCACAUGGGAUGGAUAAUGUGCUGGAAUUGUUGCUGAAGCACCAAAGAAUUAUUGACGAACUGCGGGACGAGAACGACAAGCUCCGUCAAAUGCUCAUAGAAGAACUCAAGGUUUCACCUUCCAAGUUACAAUUAGAUCAUAAAAAUGGAGUGAAGGCCUACAACCCAUGCUCGGACUGCUUUGAUUGCCGGAGGCGAAGUCGAAAAACAAGAAGAUGAUAAUGGAAUUGCAGGAUUGCAUUUUGGCUAUUUUCGCAAUCCUUUGCAAUUUCUUGGAUUCUUCAGUAGCUAAAUAGUUCAUCGGAUUAGCUUUCGACAUAAUAUCCUCAGCAGAAGAUCCACUCUUGUUGUUCAGGCCAGUUAUGUUACCUAUCUCCUGAACAUUCGUGAACACUUGAUCCAAUUGAUGCGUUACUUCUGUGCUGAACAUGCGCAGACUGAUAGCAUCACAGCAGUACGUGAUUUUAGUUCUCUCUUUGGAUUCUA